CAUGUUGGACAAGGCGCUGAGCUUCGGCUGGUCGCCUUCGACGGACCCUAAAGAUAUGAAAGUGGGUCUUGGCUGCUUUGCUGUGUGGAGCGUUGCGCUUUGUUUGGGUAGCUGUGCCUGGGCGGAGCGGUCUCUUUGUAAGGCGGAACAUGCUCUAACAUUCUUCUGUACGAGCCAGUGACUACCCGUGAGUCACCAUGACAACCAAACAGCCUCCCCCUCUGAUGAAGAAGCACAGCCAGACAGACCUCGUGAGCCGUUUGAAGACAAGGAAGAUCCUGGGGGUUGGGGGGGAGGACGAUGAUGGAGAAGUUCACAGAUCAAAGAUCAGUCAAGUUUUGGGCAAUGAAAUAAAGUUUGCUGUGAGAGAACCUCUGGGGCUCAGGGUUUGGCAAUUUGUGUCGGCCAUCAUAUUUUCUGGGGUUGCCAUUAUGGCUCUCACAUUUCCUGAUCAGCUCUACGAUGCUGUCUUUGACGAAGAGUCUGUCAACAGCAAGACACCCAUCCGUCUGUAUGGAGGAGCCUUGCUUAGUAUCUCCCUCAUCAUGUGGAAUGCCUUGUACACAUCUGAGAAGGUCAUCAUACGUUGGACCCUACUGACAGAAGCAUGCUAUUUUGGAAUACAGUUCUUGGUGACCACCAUCACCCUGGUCGAGACUGGCCAGGCAUCCCUGGGAGCUGCACUCCUACUCUUCAGCAGAGUCCUCUUUGUCUGCAUCAGCAUUUAUUAUUAUUACCAAGUUGGACGCCGACCCAAGAAACUGUGA